CUUUUCAAAACUAUGCCGAUCGAAGUUGUACCUUUAGGAGCAGGUACUUAUACGAACUAAUAUGACUCCAUGUGAAUACUAACACGGCUGUCUGCAGGACAGGAUGUUGGAAGAAGUUGUAUCCUUGUCACUAUUGGUGGUAAAAAUAUUAUGUUUGAUUGCGGAAUGCACAUGGGAUAUCAGGAUGCUAGACGUUUUCCCGAUUUCAGUUACAUUUCAAAAACAGGCAACUAUACCGAUGUUUUAGACGCAGUUAUUAUUUCCCAUUUUCAUUUGGAUCAUUGUGGAGCACUACCUUUUUUCACAGAAAUGUGUGGGUACAAUGGACCGAUAUACAUGACUCAUCCAACACGAGCUAUUUGCCCCAUUCUUUUAGAAGAUUAUCGAAAAAUCACAGUGGAACGUAAAGGAGAGACCAAGUUUUUCACGUCAGAAAUGAUCAAGAAUUGCAUGAAAAAAGUCAUUCCCAUUAAUUUGCACCAGACGAUUAAAGUGGAUGAUGAUAUUGAGAUCAAGGCAUACUAUGCUGGCCAUGUAUUAGGUGCUGCCAUGAUUUAUGUACGCGUGGGUCAAGAAUCUGUUGUCUACACUGGUGAUUAUAAUAUGACUCCUGAUAGACAUCUUGGAUCUGCCUGGAUUGACAAAGUUCGCCCUGAUGUUUUAAUUACCGAAAGCACUUAUGCCACAACCAUCCGAGACUCCAAGCGAUCCCGUGAACGUGAUUUCUUGACAAAAGUUCAUGAGUGUGUGGCAAGUGGUGGCAAUGUAAUCAUUCCUGUAUUUGCUUUAGGUCGUGCUCAGGAGCUAUGUAUCCUGAUUGAAUCUUACUGGGAUCGUAUGGGGUUGGAUGUGCCUAUUUAUUUUUCAACGGGUCUUACAGAAAGAGCUACUGAAUAUUACAAGCUUUUCAUCAACUGGACCAAUCAAAAAAUUAAAUCCACAUUUGCACAAAGAAAUGCCUUUGAUUUUAAACAUAUUAAGGCUUGGGAUAAAACAAAUCUUGAUUUGCCUGGUCCUAUGGUCUUAUUCGCCACGCCUGGUAUGUUGAAUGCGGGAACUUCACUACAAGUGUUUCAAAAAUGGGCACCUGAUCCGAAAAACAUGGUUAUCAUGCCUGGUUACUGCGUAGCAGGUACUGUCGGCGCAAAAGUUUUGCUUGGACAGAAGAUUAUUGAGGUGGACAAAUAUACAAAAUUCGAGGUGAACUUGCAAGUUAGAAAUUUGUCAUUUAGUGCCCAUGCUGAUGCUAAGGGUAUCAUGCAACUUAUUCGCAUGUGUGAACCUAGAAAUGUCGUUUUAGUACAUGGAGAGCGUGGUAAGAUGGAUUUCUUGAGAAGUAAUAUCAUGAAAGAUUUCGGAAUCCCAUGUCAUAUGCCUGCUAAUGGUUGCAGUAUAAAGAUGGAAACAAGUAGAGCUUUAGAGGCAAAGAUCAGCACAGAUUUACUAAAAUCGCUUUUAUCAUCGGCCAACAAACGAGAUUCUAUACCAAGCGAUGGUUCUGAGAAAAAUGCACUAAGACCCAGCACAUCCGUUCCCAUCAAUGCUACAUUAUUAAUGCAUUUUAACACAAAUAAACAGACAGCGGCACCAACAAUAGAAAUUGUAAAAUCAGUCGAUUUUUCUGCAAACGAAACACAAGCAAAAAAACGUGAAUUGUUUUUCCAGGUUGAAAAACCAUUCCAGAUUGCUUCUUUGUUAUCAGAUAUUGCACAUACAGAAACGACAUUGGAGGAUACUCAACGAAGAAUUUUGGAUCUCUUACAAGUUGCAUUAGCUAGAACAAUUGGAAAGACAUGCUCUAUUGAACGCCGGGCGGCAAGUAUAGUCAUUCGUAGUGUAUCACUUUGGUUGGAUCAAGUCAAAUCACAAAUACUAAACAUCAAAUGGAGCUUUGAGGAUGAAGACUUAGCAAGUUUUAUUUUGGGAACUGUCAACACAGUUUUAUAUGACCAAAAAGUCAUAGGGACUAUCUAAUACUACGUGAUGUGUUUUUUUUGCAAAAAAAUAAAAUAAA